AUGAUACAAAUUAUUGCCAACAACAUACAAAUUAGAUUCCACCGUGAUCUCUCAUUCAUCUUAAUUAUAGUCGUUUUGAGUGUCAAUAUUUUCAGUUCCUUUUGUGAACAUUCUCCACAGUGUGGUACACCAAUCAAAGAAUAAACAACCACAAUCAACGUCUUGACUCUACACAAAACGAAGACAUUGGUACAUUGAUUUGAGAAUUGAGUGGUUUUCGUUUCUGUAGUUUUUAGAUUUGGAAAUUUAGAUUAAAGGAAUAAAUAUAAGGGAGAUAAGAAGGGACGAAGCUAAGCUAUCAUGAAUCAUCUUAGUCACACACCAGAUCAUCUAUAAUUUACCAUGUUUACACGUUUUUUAAAGGAAUCUACAAAAAAAAAAAAAAAAACUGUUGAACACAUUGUAGAAAUUGAGUAGAGUUGUAGAAGGCCAGUGCCGCUUUGUCAUCGCAAUCGCUUCCCUCACCCAACCAAUUUUCACCAUCUUGCCGCCACCGUUGUCGCUACACACUCUAGAACUAUUAGAUUGCUCUGGAGUUUCAAAGCCAUAGGUAAACUAAGCAAGCGGCGCUGCCUUUCUCCUUAAAAAUUUGGUAGGUUCACUGUAAUUGUGGAAGAGAAGUCUCAUUUUGAGUAAUGAGGGGCAAAAACAAGAAGAGGAAGAGAGAGGUUGAGCAACCCACCAUUCAUCCCAACAACAAGUAUUCAGAGAACCCACCUGACUUUGCCCAUUUGGCUUCUCUCUACUCAUCCUUCGAACCUUUUGUGCAAUACUCGCAUAAUGGGCACCCUAGAAUCGAUUGGACCGAUUUCAACGCAACUCGUGAACUCACCCGUGUAUUGCUCCACUAUGACCAUGCUCUCAACUGGUGGAUUCCUGAUGGGCAGCUCUGUCCCACUGUACCUAACAGAUCUAAUUACAUUCAUUGGCUUCAAGAUCUUCUUUCAUCUAACAUCAUUCCAAAUACCAUUCCAACUGGAGGUAAGGUCAGAGGAUUUGAUAUAGGAACUGGAGCCAAUUGCAUUUACCCACUUCUUGGUGCGUCCCUUUUGGGAUGGAGUUUUGUAGGAUCAGAUGUAACUGAUGUUGCUAUUGAGUGGGCGGAGAAAAAUGUUAAUAGUAAUCCCCAUAUUUCUGAGUUGAUUGAAAUUAGGAGAGUUCAAAGCAAUGCAACUACUCCCCGUGCGGAAGGGUUGCAUAAUGAAGAGUCAGUCCUUAGUGGUAAGAUAGAUUUGUCCAGGAGAACUGACACGGAGGUAGAGCCUUUGCCGAUAUUACCUCUUGAUUUGAAUGCAUGUGAGAAUAAGAAUUAUCAUGGACCUCCCAUACUUGUUGGUGUAGUCAGGGAUGAUGAGAAGUUUGAUUUUUGCAUGUGUAAUCCCCCAUUUUUUGAAAGCUUGGACGAAGCUGGACUUAAUCCCAAAACUUCUUGUGGUGGCACUUCUGAAGAAAUGGUUUGCUCUGGCGGUGAAAAGGCCUUCAUUACUCGUAUUAUUGAAGAUAGUACUGAACUGAAGCAUCAGUUUAGGUGGUUCACUUCAAUGAUAGGUCGAAAAUCAAAUCUCAAGAACCUUAUAUCAAAACUUUGGGAAGUUGGAGUCACUGUAGUGAAGACAACUGAAUUUGUCCAGGGCAGGACGUCCAGAUGGGGGCUUGCAUGGUCUUUCUUGCCUCUUGCACAGAAGUCAUCGACUUCUUUGCCGAAUAAGAAUACCAUGUCCUUCAUGCUUGAGGGUCUUCAACGCCAAAAUGGUGCCUUUAAUGUGUUGGAAGAUGUCAAGUCUUACUUUUCUUUGCAUGGCCUGUCCUGCACAUUGAACACCUCCUCUUUCACAGUGGAUGUUGUAGCAACAAAAGAUGACUGUGAUUCAAUCUUGAAGAAUGAACUACCUAUUCUCAAUCAAUCCAUUUAUUAUCAACCUACAGAGAAGACAUCUAAUGGAUCAAGUGUUAAUCUCUCUCGUGAUAGCUCAUGCCUUCGUAUAUCAGUUUUUCAGCAAAUCCCUGGGACAUUGUUGGUGAAAGGUUCAUUACAAGAUAGGAAUUGCCUAUUAUCAGGAGCAUUCUCAUUGAUUUUUCAAAAACUGGAAGAAGCAUUACGGAGUAAAUUUUGUACCAAAUCAGUAUAGGGUACAAAACCAGUAUAGGGUUUUUGACAAUUUGAUUUAUCAUUUAAAUUGGUGACUGAAUACGUUAUGACUAUGAGAUGCUGACAACUGAUAAGUUCAAGAAUGCUAAUUUUUGAGGUAAAGAUUUAUUGAAAACAAGUGAGGGUGCUAAAUUGGGGUAAAAAGAGGAAAGAAAAUAGAGGGCAACACUAUUUCUAGAGGCACUGUUGCUCCUUGAGAAAUUUUGUAUGGUACUAAACCUUACAAGUUAUAAGAACCAUUUUCAGUUAGUUUUGAGAAUUGUACUUAACAGGAUCUGGACUUUAAAUUGUAUGACAUCGUCCUUUUCUUCUUACUCCAUAUCUUUGGAGGACACUAGCUUCUUUAUACAACUUUUGUUAGUUGAUUCAUGUUCCACCUA